AUGGCUGGCUGGAGUCGUAUGAUGACUUACCGAUCCAUCAAGCGAGUCUCCAAGGCAGUUGAUAUGAAAGUUCUAGGCUCUCUUAGCAGAGACGAUUUUGAAGAAAAUUUUGUGGUCAAAUGGCUGAAUAAACUACUGAGCAAGAUGUGGCCUUAUAUUGCAGAGGCAGCAACCAUGGUAGUAAGAUAUUCUGUUGAACCUCUUCUUGAAGAUUACAGACCACCAGGAAUUACUUCCCUCAAGUUCAGCAAAUUGACCUUGGUUUCAAGGAAGGUCAAGUCACAAUGGACGUUGAUCUUCGAUGGGGGUGUUACAGCACUUGUUGCCUCCAUACCCAUUCAGUUGAAGGAUCUUCAAGUUUUCACAGUUGCACGUGUUAUCUUUCAACUUGCGGAUGAGAUUCCUCGUAUAUCUGCUGUUGUUGUUGCUCUACUGGCUGAGCCAAAACCAAGAAUUGAUUACACUCUGAAGGCUGUCCGUGGAAGCUUAACAGCAAUUCCUGGACUAUCUGCUAUGAUUGAUGACACUGUUGAUACUAUCGUUAUAGACAUGCUUCAGUGGCCUCAUAGAAUUGUUUUCCCCAUUGGUGGUAUACCUGUUGAUUUAAGUGAUUUUGAGCUUAAGCCACAGAGGAAGCUUAUAUAUAAAACAAAGGCAAUCGAGAACAAUCUGAAUCCUGUCUGGGAUCAAACAUUCGAAUUGAUUGUAGAGGACAAAGAAACCCAGUCGCUCACUGUAGAGGUAUUUGAUAAAGACGUAGGCCAAGAUGAGCGUCUUGGACUUGUGAAACUUCCCUUAAGUAGUUUGGAAGCCGGAGUUACAAAAGAACUGGAGCUAAAUCUGAGCAAGAUGUGGCCUUAUAUUGCAGAGACCAUCUUUCGGCCUAAUGGUGCUCAUCGCUGUCACAACUACAUGAAGUACCCAAACAUCAUGAAACUAGGCGAAGCUGCGAUUCUUCACUACACUUACUCGAAAUUUUCAGAUCUUACUGCAAGACGUGAUCGAUGUUGCUGCAAACCAAAAGAAGAGGAUGUCAAGAUAUGUUUCAUGCUAGACUUUGACAGAGCCAUAAGCCCGAGGAACAAGAAGUUUCAACAAGGGCUUAUGUCAAAUGCUACAGUUAAAUCUGUACCUUUCUCUAUCAACAACAGCAAGGGAAAGGAACUCAAGAUAGUAGGAGCAGCUAUGGGAAGUGAUAGUGAUAGAGAUGAAAUUGAGGCAAUGACGGUUCAAGAACUUAAGAGUCACAUUGAGGCAAGUCUAUACUCUUUUCGUUUCUCUUGCUGCUUUGUUAUUGUUUCUGUGGACAUCCAGAUUCUUAUAAAACCACUCAGAGUUAGAUAUGGUACUGGUCUAUCUGGAUCAGAUCAUGACAUGGAAGGGCGUAUGGUAACUGCUGAAUUCGACUCCUUCUACUUGAUAAGUACUUAUGUCCCUAAUUCUGUAGAUGGCUUAAAAGGACUGGUACUCCUCAAAUUAAAUGCGAUCGAAGAUUGGGAUCGAACCCUUAGCAAUCACAUCAAAGUAUGAAAACGUUUCUUCAGAGUUUCUUUAUUUUGUUGUAUAUGUCCUUCUUACACAAGCUCAAUGGCUCUUUUCCAUCUGCAGGAUCUGGAGAAGUCUAAGCCUGUAGUCUUGACUGGUGAUCUAAAUUGUGCUCAUGAAGAGAUUGAUAUCUUCAAUCCCGCGGGGAACAGAAGAAGUGCUGGUUUUACGAUAGAAGAAAGACAGUCUCAAACUUCUUAGAUAAGGGAUUUGUAGAUACAUUUAGGAAGCAGCAUAUCUGGUGUUGUCGGUUACACUUAUUAGGGUUAUCGCCAUGGUGGCCGCAAAACCAACAAAG